UAUCCACAAGUUCAUUCACAAAAACAAAUGAAGAGUAAUCGAUGACCGCGUUUGUCAAAUUCCGGGCAGUUGGCAGAGCAAUGUGAGAUUUUUCGGCAAAGAAUGACUUAACAAAUUACCACCAUAGUUCGUGAAUUUGAAGACCGUGAUGAUCAAUCAGUUGCGAUCGAUAAUGGAGAACCUGAGCGACAUUUACUAUCUCGUGCAGUUGAUUGUCCGUCAAGUUUUCAUCUACUUACGGGACUUGAUUCUAUACAAAUUCUUCUGGAUCGCUGCGUUCAACGAUGAUUUCGACGUGUCGGACUCGAAGCUGCGUGGUAUGACGUUCAGGAACCUUACAUCCGAUAUUUUGGCGUUUUCGAUACUCUGCAGCGUCCUCUUCAUCUUAGUGAUGUUUGCGUCCAGUUGCGAGAAGGACUGUCAACAACUUUAUUCUUCUGCUGGCAUUGAAACGGUGGCAGUGGGUUUGCCAGAAGAAUCCUACUGCGUUGCAAACAUAGGCACAAACUGCUUCCACGCUUGCGGCGAUUCCCUCUGCGCUCGUGGACGAAUUCCGAAAAGAAACUUCUCCGACGAAGACGUAACAAGAGUUCGUACCAACAAAAGGAGUACAAGCAUACCAAAAAAGUCAAUCUUCGGUCUAAACAGCAUUCAACUACGAAAUUCUCAGAGCACGCAAACCACAGACAAAAUAUAUCAGAAAAGCAGUCAGAAAUGGUUGAUCAGGAGAACCAGAAGCGGCCAUAUUUAUGGGAAAUAUCCUAUAUAAGAAACAGUAUUCAUAUCCAUAUUUUAGUUCCGAAUCUGUUGGUAAAAUAUGACAUUCCAAGAAGCUGUUACACGUCUUGUUUUGUCUUGAAUUAACUAAGUCGUAUAUGUUCAUUUAAGCGACUGUAAUCGUUUUAAUUAUCGAAUCGUGUAUGAACGUACUUUGAUCUUGGUGGUAUUAUUGUGUACACAUGUUUUAGAAAGACUUUAUUUUAAACGAAAGUUGAUGUCGAAAUGUAUGAGUUUGUUAGAGUUUAUUUUUAUUAU